GAUGGCUGAUCUCUUGCUUUGAUGCAGCUCCGUGUCGAAGCUGGCGAUGAGUCCGUGUCAGAGACCUCAGAUGAGGCAACGUUCACAACGUUAGAGCUCAUGGUUGGUUGUUGGUGGGUCGGGACAAACAAGAUGUUUUACCGUUCCUGCCCUACGAUGGCCUCAGAACCUGGCCAUAAAUAGAGGAGUAAACAAGUUCGUAAAGCCUGUGACGCACCGUGACCUAUGACCUUUUGCUGAGGCUUCAGGAAACACAGAAAGAAAAUAGAUGUUAGAAGCAGAUGGAAUUAAUAAUCUGUCAUCAGAAGCCGGAACCAACCGAAUGAUGCACAUUCCACCUGCCUGUGAGCAGCGUCCUUGUUUAAAGGGAGCUGAAGUUUCUGACCUCCAGUGCCACCUGGUGGGUGAUGUAGUCCACAGUCUUUUCCUUGUGAUCACUGUGAGGCGUGUGAUGUGAUUUCAGCAGCAGGAGGUGUGUGUUUGCGCAGCAGAGAGCUGUGUGACUGUGGCUCAGCAGCAGCUCGGCACAGUCGCAGGUUUCAGCCCCGAGCGGCUUCCUCCUGACAUCACAUGGUUGCAGAGUGACUUCUCAAUCGUGUGCCAAGACUGGCCAAACACACUCGCAGCUGUGUGCGCUCCAGCCCAGGCUCCAGCCGAGACUGUCCUCCCAGCGCUGAGAGCUCCACAGGUGACCUGUCUCUCACCGCGGUCUGAUGUCUGGUGCCGCUCUGCACCACUGAGGGUCCUUGAGGAACAUGGAGGGGCACGAGAGCAAGAUGAAUGGAGUCGCCCAGCGCCCAGGAUUGAGGGGGUCCGACUGGGGCAGCAUCGCCUUGCUGGACAAGACUGUGGAGUUCUUCCAGACCUGUGACGUGGAGGGCAAAGGUUUCAUCACCCGCACCAACAUGAGGAGGCUUGACAGAGAGCUCCCUCUGUCUGCAGAGGAGCUGGAGGAUGUUUUCGACUCCCUGGACACUGACUCCUCAGGCUGCCUGACGCUGGACACCUUCUCUUCUGGGUUCAGUCAGUUCCUUCACGGACGGAGGAUCUCAGUGUCUGAGGAACACCCCAUGCCCGUCUUCAGGACCAAAGAGGCCCUGUACCAGAGCCAGUGGGAGGCCAAGCUGCAGGGCGGAGAGGACGAGGAGGAGCGGCACUUCUCCAUGCUUCUGGACAGUCUGGGAGCCAGGAACGUCUUCGAGGACCCGGGCGAGGUGCGCAGCCUGUGGGCCCAGCUCAGGCGAGACGAGCCCCAUCUCCUGUCUAACUUCGAAGAGUUCCUGGCUCGAGUGACGCACCAGAUCAAAGAAGCCCACCAGGAGAAGAAGGAGAUGGAGAGCGCCCUCCAGAGGAAGGCUGCAACACAUGACAGCGAGAUUCGAUACUUGUACGAAGAGAUGGAGGCGCAGAUCAAGAACGAGAAGGACAGACUUCUGCUGAAGGACUCGGAGCGACUGCAGAUGAAGAGUCUGGACCUGGAGCACCAGCUGACCUCCAAGGAGAAGGAGCUGGAACAGCUCUUCCACAAGCAGAAAAGACUGGAGGUCCAGUGCCGCGAGCUGAGCAGCGAAAAGCAGGAGAGCCACGUGGAGAACGUCAAGCUCAAGAUGACCAACGACGAGCUGACCAGGGCUCUGGACACCACCAGUCAGGAGCUGGUGUUGGCGCAGGAGCAGCUCACCCUGCUGCAGGACCAGGCUGCCCGGCUGCAGCAGGAGAAGGAGAUGGAGAUGUACCGGGUGACUGAAGGUCUGCAGAGAGAGAAGCAGAGUCUGAUGAAGCAGCUGGACCUUCUCAGAGAGAUGAACAAGCAUCUGAAGGACGAGCGGGACAUUUGCUGCGGAGUGCCGAGGACGUCGCUCAGGAAGAAGCAGAAGCAGCGCGGCGGACUGGCCGAGCUGUUCGACGGCCCCGACCCGCCCACACACAGACCCCCGCUUCUCGAGGAGGGGUCCUUCCAGUCUCUGGAGGCCCUGCCCAUUGAGCACCUUCAAAUCGUGUUUGUUGCUUCCUCCUCCUGUAGUGAGGACGACCCCCCUCCUCCCACCGCCUCCGCCGCGCCGCCUGCAUGCCAGCAGCAACCCUCAGUGAAGAAGAGCACAGCUGGAAUCAACGGCGCCCCCGGCCCGGCCCCCGCCAAGCCAAAGGUCAAGAAGAGCCUGGUCCGGACGGGCAGCAUGAAGAGAGCUGAGCGGGAGCGGGUGAAGAAGGAGCUGCUGAAGAAGCCCCCGCUGGAGGAGGAGGCUUUGGACGCCCCGCCCGACGGCUGGCCCCUGCGUCGAGUCAUCUCCAUCGAAGAGGACCACCUCCCACACCUUCUCCAGGGGGGUCCUCAACUGCUGCUGCACCAGCUGAGUGAGGAGGAGCAUGAGGAGGAGGAGGAGGAGGAGGACGAAGCACAGAGUGACGUGGAUCCAAAUGUCGCUGUCGCCGUGGAUCUGACCCCAGAGCCUCCCUCGAGCCGCAUUCCCGUCCCCGCAGAGGGUCCGACCACCAGAAAGUCCCGCUUCGUGAGAAGCAAAAAGAAGACCCCCAUGUCCCCGAGAGUGCAGCCCGUGGGCAAGGAGACCCAGCCGACCAGGGAGGCGCCUGUGUUCGCCCCGGAUCGCCUCUUCAAGGUGGUCCUGGUGGGCAACUCCAGCGUGGGCAAGACCUCGCUCCUGCGCUCCUUCUGUGAGGGCCACUUCCAGCCCUCCACCGUCGCCACUGUGGGUAUCGACUACAGCGUGAAGACGCUGACGCUGGACAACAUGCAGGUGGCCAUGCAGCUGUGGGACACGGCGGGGCAGGAGCGCUUUCGCAGCAUCACCAAGCAGUUCUUCCGCAAGGCGGACGGCGUGGUUCUGAUGUACGACGUGACGGUGCUGGAGAGUUUCAGAGCAGUCAAACCCUGGCUGGAGAACAUCAAGGACGCGGCGGAGGAAGGCAUCCCGGUUCUGAUGCUGGGCAACAAGAUGGACAUGGAUGGAGAGCGAGCCGUGACCUUCAGAGAAGCUGAGCAGCUGGCCUUGGAGAACAAGGUGAUGUUCUACGAGGUCAGCGCCUUCACUGGGAAGUUCGUGACCGAGUCCCUCACGCACCUGGCCAGAGUUCUGAUGGAGCAGGAGGACCGGGUCCGGGACACCACCAUCGUCCUCAGUGCUCAGCCGCUCCGGAGGAAAGCCUGCUGCAAGUGAAGCGCGCUGGCCGCUGCACAUUAUCUUCAUCCUCAUCCUCAUCACCAUCAUCAUCUUUAUCCUCAUCAUCUUCAUCCUCAUCACCAUCUUCAUCAUCAUCUUCAUCUUCAUCCUCCUCCUCAUCAUCAUCUUCCUCAUCCUCAUCCUCAUCACCAUCAUCAUCAUCCUCAUCAUCCUCAUCACCAUCAUCAUCAUCUUCAUCUUCGUCAUCAUUAUCUUCAUCAUCCUCAUCAUCACCAUCACCAUCAUCAUCAUCAUCAUCAUCAUCAUCAUCAUCAUCAUCAUCAUCAUCCUCCUCCUCCUCACCCUCAUCCUCACCAUCCUCCUCCUCACCCCUGGACUUGAGCGGCUCCGGCGUCCUUCACCAGCGCUGACUCAGCGGCGCCUCUGUCCGUGUGUAUAUAUGUGGUUAAUCUGUCCUUCAAAUCAGAGGAGCAGCGAUGGACUCUCAUGUGAUCUGCUCUGGUAAUCAGUAUUUAUAUAUAUAUAUAUGCUAAUUAAAUCAAGUCAAAACCA